UGUUCUACAUUACCGGAAGUGUGAAAAGGCCAAGGGGUGGACGGAGACAAACACAAACACGAAUCAUUCCAUAAGGCUUAUUGUUGACUAAGUUAAUUACAUUUUAAUUAUUUAAGCACAUUUGUACUAUUUAGUGAGGAUGGUGGAACCGAGCGGCAGAUACCAGCAGUUGUGCAAUGAAGAUGAACAAGAGGAAAGACCUCAGGUGGCCACUGAUGAACCACCUCCUUACAGCAGCAUUGCAGCUGACAAUGCAGCAUACUUCGAUUACAAAAAUGAUACUGCAUUCCCGAACCCUCCAUCCUACAACGUAGCCACAUCACUGCCAUCAUAUGACGAAGCUGAAAGAAACAAGCCUGAAACUUCUGUCCCAAUGGUAGCAGGGCGAGAUGACGACUUUCUGGUCAGAGAAGACUUUGAGGAUGCAGAUCAGCUGCGAAUAGGCAAUGAUGGCAUUUUCAUGUUGACCUUUUUCAUGGCAUUCCUCUUCAACUGGAUUGGCUUCUUCCUGUCUUUCUGCCUCACCACUUCUGCAGCAGGACGCUACGGAGCCAUCUCCGGUUUUGGCCUCUCCAUUGUUAAAUGGAUCCUGAUUGUGCGAUUCUCCACAUACUUCCCUGACUACCUUGAUGGGCAGUACUGGGUGUGGUGGGUUUUCCUUGUCCUUGGUUUUCUGCUCUUCCUCAGGGGCUUCAUCAACUACGCCAGGGUUCGUCAGAUGGCCGACUCUUUUUCUACUCUGCCGCGAACCAGAGUCCUCUUCAUCUAUUAAAGCACCAAGUUUUUGCAUUUGUCUCCUUAUUGGCCGCCGAUGAAGUCCUGACUGCGCCAAGCUUUAAGCUGGUAUUUAAACAAAUAAAUAAAAAUGAAAACCUUUUCUGUGCAUAAUCUACUAAAGGGAAUGUCUGUUGUUUCCAGUGAUGAUGGGUGAAGUGUUUUUGAUUUUUUAAUUAUUAUUAUUGUUAUUAUUAUGCUUUGUAUAAUGCAAAUUUAUCAUUGGAUUGCACAUCACUCUUUUCUACAUUCCUAGAAGGAAACUAGGUCUGUAAUGUAACUGUAAACAAUCAUUCAUGAUCGAUCAUAAAAUGAUUUUUGCAAUCGGAUAUAAAAAAAAAUCUAAAAAUAAUCAGCUUUGUAGUAUUGGCAUGCGUUGUGCCCUGUUAUACAGAAGGGGGCAGUAUUGUUUUUAUUAUCAUUGUUUGCCUAGGUUUUUUUUCUUUUUUUUCUUCUUUUUUUUUUUUUCUUCAGUAACAUUUUGACAGAAACAGCCAGUCACUGCUGGUGACCAUUCACUAGAAUCCUUUCCUUUCUCUCAAUGGUAAUGUGGUUAAUAAACUGAAUGUAAAGCAGUGCUUUUCUGCUCUUACUCUCCGUCUGUACAUGAUAUGAAAUUAAAAUCGCUCCCAUUUUUAGGAUGUUGCAUUUGAUGUAGGUCAGGCAUUCUGCUUUUAUUGUCUGUAUUUAUUUGAAACAUGGAACAUGCCCUAUAAACUGAAGUAAAUGUUGUAGUGACUAUUAUGGAAUGCUUUGCACAUGUAUUCUACACAUCUCCCCAUCUUAAAUUGUUACUCAAAACGAUGUAAAUAUAUUUCUUUAUUUAAGUAUUGUACGUAAUAAAAUAAAUCUUCCUUGAGACACUUUA